AGGCAAUGGAGAUGUGUUGUGUUCUGUUCGGAAGUACUGCUGUAUUGGUUUUAAUGCCCCAUGUCACAUCCACAGAGACCAGUAGCACGGGAAUCGUGACAGCAGCAGCGUCAUCAAUUGCAAAUGGAUCGGUCUACCAGUGGGCUCACAACGACAACACCACCAAGAUCCACAAGGCUAACCACACCAAAGAUUAUACCCCAAACACCACCGUGAUUUUUAAUGAGACCACGCUUCAAACCCAAAAUAAGGGUGGAGAUAUUGUUUUGUUAAUUAUUUUAUUAGUUGCAGGUGUGAUUGCUAUCUGCAUUUUGUGUGGACUAUUAUAUAAAUGCUCAAGGAAAGUUUGUCGUUGCAUAGGACAUUUUACGGGGUGCUGGAAAAAGAAAGAAACAGACAUUCCUGUUUCUCACCAUAUCUUACAGAUUGACGGAAACGAUUCAGCCAAUGACGGGUUAAUCUGUGAUUCUGUAGAACAGUCAGAGUCAGGAAGUCCGCUAAUUCAGCAGAAGGGACAGAUUGCCCUAAAGUAUUCUUCAAACUGGAAACCUGUCAGUGUCAGGUGGAAGCAAUUCCUUGAAGAUCUUCUGAAGCUUAGCAACGGGAACUUGAAGGAAGUGAACAACGUAUGUUUCAGCAAAAAGAGCGACAUGUUUAGAAUUGGAUCCGGGAACAAAACUGAAGUGUUUCUGGGUAUUGGGCGUGAUGGCAAAGAGGUUGCCCUAAAAAGAUUCCCAAUGUCUAUGUCAAAGAACUUUGAGAAAGAGAAAGCCCUGUUAAUGAAAUGUAAUUCCCCAAAUAUCAUCCGGUACUAUGAUAGUGCCAAGGACGACGAUUUUUUGUACCUGAUUCUUGAGCUUGGGGAAUUUACUCUCAAUGAGUUCAUAUCUACAAACGAGUAUAAACAAAAUCAAAGCAGCAUCUCUCGAGAUUUCGUACGGCAGAUCUUGGAAACCCUUGGAACCUUACACACUGGAUAUAACGUUAUUCACAUGGAUAUCAAGCCCCAUAACGUUCUUAUAGAUGUCAAACGCCGGGUAAAAUUAUUUGACUUUGGUAUUAGUGUGACCCUCCCAGAUGACCAAAGCUCUUUGUACACUACCGCUAAAGGAACAAACCGCUGGGUAGCAAAAGAGAUAUUGGAUAGUGCCAGUGGAAAUACAAAAUACGAGAAACUGAAAUACAAGAAAAGUGCGGAUAUCCAGGUGGCCGGGAUGUUAGUCUACUACACACUAACAGGUGGCAUACACCCAUUUAUGCCAAAUGGCGAGGCCGACGUGUUUCUGUGUAACAAGAACGUUCAAGAUGGAAAACAUGAUCUUUCAGCCUUGGACGACAUCGUUGGAAAACAUUUAGUGGACUGGAUGCUGCAGCCAGACCCUGAGCUGAGGCCGACCAUGGAGGAGGCACUGGCGCACCCGUUCAUUUGGAAUGCGGAUAUGAGGUAUCGUUUUCUUGGUGUGUUGGGGGACGAGAAGGAAGUGAAAGAAAGUUGGAAACAACAGCCACAUUCCGUAACGUUGACACUGGACGGGUUGACGGUAUCCGUUUUCAACACAGUAGCACACUGGAAGGACCUGCUCGACCAAACUGUCUAUGACGAAUUUGCAAAACCAAUGAGAAAUGGCUACAGGUCUACCAUAUGUGGACUUCUUCGAUUCAUACGAAAUGUGGACGUCCAUCUGAAAGAUAAGCCGCCUCCUAUACGAGCCACUGUAGGUAUUCCUAUGACGUACUUCAUCGCCAGACUGCCUUUUGACGAACUGUUCCUGAAGGUUUACAAAACAGUGAGAGACACCCGGUCGUCUGCUGAUGACUGGACGGUUAGGUGGUCACUGAAGGAAUUCUUCUCAGCAUAAUGCUAAUUAAAUUAGGUUGUCAUAAUGGAUGUAAGUCGUAAAUAAGCGCCGCAAUAUAGUGUUUCAGUAGCCAAGUGGUUUUAAUCUUUUAUUCAAGAUUGACCUCAUAAGAGACUUAAGGGUAAGAUUUCGCCCUUGUAAAAAUUUGGAAAAAAUUGGUUUUACAUUGGAAAUUGAAUGAUAGUUAUUUCUGCGAAGUUAUUAUAUUCAGCCACACGUAGAUUGCUGACGGGCAGAGGAUUACGGGACACAGCUGUAUAGGCGGGUUGUACCAUAUGUUUGUAGCUUCUACAGUAGAUCGGACACAAU